CUCCCAGGUUCAGUCUAGAGUGACUAUCUGCUGUCUAAUCUGCAGAACUGGUUUAGCUGUAAUUAGGCUCUGCGCCUCUUUGUAAUCCUAACUCCGUGAAGCAAAGGUGCUGCGUGGCCAUCUCUCGAACAGAUACCAAUUGCAUAGAUUCAACAGCUUUUCCUGGUUGUAAGUAAAAUUUCAAUUGCUUCCUGGUCUCCUAUUCCAGAUGGCAUAGAGAGAGAGAGAGAGAGUGUUUUUAUUAAUAUUAUAUUAUAUUAUAUUAGUGGUACUAUACUACUAGAUCCCCAUGGUGUGAGCAUUUUUACAUUGAUUUGCUUGUGAGCUCAUGGCUUCUACUUACUAUUUGACAUCAUGCAAUGUAUAUCAUGCCUGUGAGAAGUAAAGUCUAAUUAGCAUGUGUUAUAAGAGUGCAGAGAGGCAUUUAGUUUCCCCCUGAUGCAAAACAAUAAAAGAAAGUCUGAAGAGGGGGAUGGUCUGUGUGUAGGCAACCCCCCACUUCAGAGUCUGUAAAAUAGCAAUGAGCACUCUGUUUUAGAGUAAAGUCUGCAGUUCAUCAAUUUAGAUUUUCUCUAUGAUCCCUUUAACCGAAAGCGCCUACAUAAAAUAAAUUUGCAGUCUUUUAAUAAAGCCAGUACUGCAUUGUUUAUUUUGUUUGUGUUGUGUUUCUAGAGCGAUGCUUGAGAACUGUGAUGUGUGAAUGUGUAUGUAGGGUGGAUGUAUGUAUUACAUAAUCUGAAUGGUAUUUAAACAGACAGAUCACAUUUUCAAACUUCUUAGUGUGUGAUAGAUAUCACACAGUGCAAGGAACACUCUACCUUUAAAAAUAAAAUACGUAUAUUAAAGCUAAUAUUUUUGUAGCUUUGAAAAGAGCCUUUUAAAGUCUCCUGUCUUCCAGCAAUGAGACUUUUUUUUUUUCUACAUACCAAUCCACCUAUUACGAGAUCACCAGUAGUUGGUUAUUAUUAUUUAUAUAGCACCAACAUAUUCCGCAGCGCUGUACAAUGGGUUGAUGGUUCAUUACACUACUGGAUUUUAAUACUAUUGUCAUAUGUACAUUUAUAUUUUUGGGGCUUUUCUAUUCUCUCUCUCUCACUAAAUGUCACUGCUGUAUUUUUAAAAGUACAUGACAAAUUAAUUUCCUCUGCAUGUUUUUCUUUUCCCCCUGUGUUAGACCAGAUUUUGUUGCAGACGGUAUCUAUCUGGUUGCAGAUUUUUUAUCCUGGAAAAUCGCAGAUUAAGUGGUGUUCAACGAACGUACUACGUAAGCGGUCAACGAAAAAACAGAGACCACUUCAUUAAUCAUUUUAAAGAGGACAAACUUGCAAGCUGUUAACUUUAAUGUGAUCCUACGAUUGGUCCAUAAAAAGCAAACACAGCUUUUUCUUGUUUAUUUAUAAUUUAUUUUUUUAAUUCUUUUGGCAAAUAAUGAGUCUUGCAAACAGCCUGAACUGCAGUGACACAUCCCGUCUUAGAAUCCUCCUGACCCAGCUACUGAAUGAACUAGCCCAGGCCAACAGCACCAGUCCUUCGACAGACAAUGAUACAGACGAUGCCUACUUGUAUAUUUUACUCAUUAUGAUCUUCUAUGCGUGCCUUGCUGGGGGACUUAUCUUGGCCUACACUAGAUCAAGGAAAGUGGAAUCUAAAAAUGACCCCUACCACAUGUACAUUGAAAGAGAAUGGGCUAAACAAGCUAAGAAUUUACAGCCGCAAAAUCAAUGUGGUAGCAUUGAAAGUGAACAAUUACUGUGAUCGAGAUGCCGCAUAUUGCACGGAGAGAGCUGUCACUUUCUGGACCUGAAACGUAUUCCUAGAGAGGGAUUAAUCUAUGAAGAAUUCUGUUAAUGAAAUGCAGCUAUGAAAAAGGUCUGGACUUGGGCCACCUCAUCCAGCAGCAAUGAGAUCCUUUUUUUUUUUUUAAAGAAAACUUAUGGAGCAAUCAAAGGGUUAAUAAAGUUUUUAUAUUUUUUCCCUUUUGUGAUUUCACGACUUAGGGGGUAUACUCACUAAACAGUGAAUUGAAAACCAUAUUUACAAAAUUUAAGGUUGAGAAUGUUUCCAGUUGGGCUGUUUAUUUCAAACUUGUUUAUAGUGAACACCAUAUUGAAGUUUUUGUUUUUUUUACUUAAGACCCAAAAACCGGGAUCAGCUAUGCUGUGAACACUCUGUGCUUAACGACCAAACAUGGCUAUAACCCAGGGUUCUAUUUGUGAUGUAAUAGAACAUUGCCCAGUGACGCUGGCAGUAUUUGGAAUGGAUAUCUGUAUAAAUACAUUACACAAUUCUAAUAUUUGCUGCAGGGAUCUUUAAACACAAUUCAUUGUCUAUUACACAAAUUACAUUGCUCCUUUUUUUUAGCCUCACCCAUGACGUAAUAUAGUGGAUGGUUUCCGCACUGCCCUGAAUAAAAGACAUGGAAAGUAAAGCUCUACAGGGGUGUAUGUAUAAGAGACACACUGCUGCUUGACAAUUAUAUGUAGUAAUGGCAGGAUAUUGGGCUCUUUCUUCCUCACUCCAAACACCAUAACCACAACAGUAUACUCUGUCCUGGCACUCCCCAGUAUUCCUGUCACAGUUUGGGUACCUGGCCCCACUGUCAGCAAUGUAAAAGGUGAUUUUAUUCCCCUUUAUUUCAGCGCUGCACAGCUCCUCCUUGCAGCUGGUGACACCCCAUGCUCCUUCUUUUUGACUGAGAUUGUCAGUAUAGGAAAGGUUUGUGAGGCUAUUGCGCAUGCGUGGCAAAACUUGAAUCAAUGCAUCUCUAUGAGGGACGUUCAGCACCUCCAGGCAAGGCAUUGAGAUGCUGAAUGUCAGUGCUGCACAUUGUGCACCACUAACCUAGGAAGCACUUCCUAGACAGCAAUUUCUCUCUGAAAAAGCAGUGUUUACAUUUAAAAGCCUGCAGGGUCCGGAUAUGGACACCAGAACACCUAUAUUAAGCUGUAGUUGUUCUGGUGACUACAGUGUCCGUUUAACAAAGAGAGCUUCCAGCAGAGAGGAGAUGUGGAGAAGCUAUUACUAAACAGUCUGACUCUUCGGAUUGGUGGGGCCCAUGGUAUUCCUGGGUGCUGUCGUGAUUAGGAUGCUUAGACUUGUCAGAGAACAAAUAAUCCCCCAAUAGUGAUAACAAUCUCUAGUUAAGAACACAUUGCAACAAGUAAAUACAUUCUUUAGCCAGUAUCUGUUGUGUCUAGUCAAUAACCUUAACAGAUUUACUAGAUUUUAUUUCCCAUAUACGUGUAAAAUGAGAACUUUCAAGAAUUCAAAAUAAAUUCCACAUUUUAGGCCAAGAUAGACAAACUGAGACCAAAGCUGAAUUGGAGAAUUUGUUCAAUGCAGCUAUUUUGUUCUAUAAUUUGAAAUUCACUUUCUUAAUAACCCUGACCGUUCAUUGUUUGGCACUAGGCCACGUGUAAUGCUAAAGAGCCACCAAACACUGACAUUGUUAUUCGUUCAUGUGUUCAUUGUCAGGAAUUUAACGUGAAAUUCACAUUUUAGGACAAAAUAAUGUUUGAGUUCCUGAUUUUCUCCAAAUUAGCUAUGCUUUUAGUGUAGAUGGUUUAGUUUAAAAAUUUAAAUUCAACUUGAAUUCUCAACAAUGCACACUUUACUGUAAAACCCGUUAGAAAAUAAGACUGCUUGCUCUGCUGACAAUCACACUCCAGCUACUCCAGUGUCCUAAUGCCCUCAGCACUCCGUACUACGCUCUAAUAAUGCACUAGUGUUGUGCUGGCUGAGGUCAGUUGUCUGGUAUCUCCAGAUGCAGGACAGUAGGAUGGCAGGAUCAGAGUCCAAAAAUAAAAAUAAGAAAUCUUACCAAUAUCACAGGCUGGCUCAGAGUCUGGGGAUUGUAUUUCCAGCAGACUGUGUUUUCAGUAUUAGAACAUACAUGUGUUAAUUUUUUUUAAAUUAGCUUUGUGCUUCUUUUGAUAAUAUUCUGAUAGUGCCAAAUUAAAGUGACUCUCCAGGCAAACAGUUUUACUCACCUGGUUCCAGUGCCUGGAGCCUCGUGAAGCCGUGCUACCUAUUUCAUCAAAAUGAUGAAAUAGGCGGGCGCGAGCAGGGAGCAAUCAGACGCUUCCAUUUGGAAGCAUCAUUGCUCCCUUGUGCGCAUGCGUGGCUUCGCCGCACAUGCGCACAUACUUCAGAGGGCGGCAUUCAUGCCGCCCUCUGAAGUCCUGAGUACACUACCGCGCGUGUGAGCGGCCCCGAGCUGACUGACAGCUCAGCUCGCGGUCUUUGCCCGCCCCCUCUCCUCUGCUGACAGGCAGAAGAGAGAAGGCGCGCACACAGUGCCUUCUCUCUCCUGCAAACGUCAGAUGUAUUUUAAUACGUCUGACGUGUACAAGGCCUUUUUAGGGCCCUGCAUGAUAGGAAGUCCCUCUGAUGGCCGUCUGAGUGACGGCCACUGGAGGUAUUCCUAUCAAUCAAUGUAAACACUGUAUUUUCUCUAAAAAUACAGUGUUUACAUUAGAUUGCCUGCAGGAAGCUAUAGAUCAUACCUGAGCAACUACAUUAAGCUGUAGUUGUUCAGGUGACUAUAGUGUCCCUUUAAUCUAUAUGUGAAAGGUACUUUGUUAUACUAAAUAGGGAUCGACCGAUAUUGAUUUUUUUAGAGCCGAUACUUUGUGAACUUUCAGGCUGAUAGCCGAUAGCUUACUGAUAUUCUGUACAUUAUUUGUAUUUUUUUGCAAAACUUUUUUUUUAAUUAAAU